CUAAGAAGAAACACAAAACUCUCUUUAAUCAUCUCCACACCCACUUUAGCCCUCCUAUUAACCCUCCUCUUCAUUUCAUCACAAACCCAUUUCACAAACACCAAAACUAAUAAUAAUCAACAAAACCCGCACCUACAUUUCCACAAACACAGCCAAAUCGCACUCUCAGCAUGCGAAGGAACACUCUACCCGCAACUCUGCGUGUCGACGGUCGCUUCUUUCCCGGACCUUAUCUCAAAAUCUCUCCCCCAAAUAAUCUCCUCCACAGUCAGCCACACGCUCAAAGAGGUGAAAGCCUCGUCCACAAACUGCACCAACAUCGAAAGAAACCUCAGGAGCAGCGACCCGGUUCAGAAGCGAGCUCUCGACGACUGCCUCGAGCUCCUGGACGACACAAUCGCCGAGCUAAACGAUGUCGUUUUCGAUCUUUCGUCGAGGAAAUCGGCGUCGAAGCACUUCCACGACUUGCAGACGCUGCUCAGCGGCGCGAUGACGAACCAGUACACGUGCGUCGAUGGGUUUGAUUUCGCCAAAGGGAAGUACGUGAGGAGUAAUAUACAGGAGAGGUUGCUUACUAUUUCUAACCACGUGAGUAACAUCUUGGUCAUGGUGAACAAGAUCAAGAGCGAGCACAAGGCCACCAAUAGGCCGACGUCGUCCGAAGUUUUCCCGGAGUAUGGGAGAGUGAAAAAUGGUUUCCCAACGUGGGUUUCGUCCAAGGAUCGAAGAAUGUUGCAGUCGACGGUGAAUGCGACCAAAUUUGACUUGGUGGUGGCUAAGGACGGCACGGGAAACUUCACCACCAUUGGCGAGGCGGUCGCGGCGGCUCCCAACAACAGCGAAACAAGGUUUGUGAUAUACAUAAAAGCCGGUGCUUAUCUUGAGAAUGUGGAGGUAGUGAGGAAGAAGACCAAUUUGAUGUUCGUGGGAGAUGGAAUAGGAAAGACCGUCGUCAAAGCCAGUAGAAAUCACGUGGAUGGCUGGACCACGUUUAGAUCGGCCACCGUAGCCGUGGUGGGGAACGGCUUCAUUGCGAAGGGCAUAACCUUCGAAAACUCAGCCGGGCCGAGCAAGCACCAGGCGGUGGCGCUCCGGAGCGGCUCCGACCUCUCGACCUUCUACAAAUGCAGCUUCAUCGGCUACCAGGACACGCUAUACGCCCACUCCCUCCGCCAGUUCUACCGCGAAUGCGACGUCUACGGCACCAUCGACUUCAUCUUCGGCAACGCCGCCGUGGUCUUACAGAACUGCAACUUCUACGCCCGCCGCCCCAACCCCAACCAGCACAACAUCUUCACCGCCCAAGGCCGCGAAGAUCCCAACCAAAACACCGGCAUUUCCAUCCUUAACUGUAAGGUAACGGCCGCUUCGGACUUGUCCCCCGUGAAGUCCUCCUUCAAGACGUAUCUCGGCCGUCCCUGGAAGGAAUACUCACGUACGGUCUUCAUGAAGUCGUACAUUGACGAUUUGGUGGACCCCGCCGGGUGGUUGGAAUGGAAUGCCACGUUUGCGUUGACGACUCUGUAUUAUGGAGAGUACAUGAACCAUGGGCCCGGGUCGAACACGAGUGCCCGGGUGACGUGGCCGGGUUAUCGGGUCAUCAAUAGCUCGGUUGAGGCUAGUCGGUUUUCUGUGGAUGCGUUUAUACAAGGGGGUGAGUGGCUGAAUUCUACUCAGGUUCCUUAUUUUGCUAAUUUGGGAUGAACUACUAGUUAUUAAUUAGCUAAUUACUACUAUUAUUAUAAAUACUCCUAGAGGAAGCCUUUUUUUUUUACUUGAUUUGAUUUGAGAUAUAUAUAGUUCUUAUAGUACAUUGCUUUGCAAAUACUAGCAAGGCAUGUGGGGGGAAUUAAUAUUGGUGGAAGAUAUAGCUACCAAAGGUGUUAUAUUAUGCGAUUGAAUGAUUAUUAAAUAAUUUUAAUGGAGUAGAUUGUGAACUAAU